AUGAAGAAACGAGUCGUAAGCCUAGCGCUGCUCGUCGCGCACGCGACAGCGGCAGACGAAAUGCUCGCGCGCGCCGCGACGAUCGACGCCUUUUUCAAGAACGCGACCACUCCAGCUACCUGGAGCGUGCGGUCGAGAAGCGAUCUCACCGGCCCAAUCACCGAGAUCUACGACAAAGCUAAGCGCGUCUCAAGGGCGCACGUCAAGGGCCGGCGCGUCGUCGUCAAGGCGGGCGGCCGGCACGGGCUUUCGAACGAGAACCGGGGCGCCGGCGUCCUGUAUUUCGAGCUACUGUACCUGGAAGCGUUACGAGGCGCGCCGGGCAUCCCAGAGUUACUAGGAGCGUGGGUCGAAGAUGGGAACGUCACGUAUGUGGUACGUGACUGCGGGCAAGCGAUCGGCGCUGGCACGAGCGGUAAACCGAGCAUCCUCUCGACGGCCUACGCGCGGCGCGCGGAGCAUUCUCCCCUCGAGCUCGCACGAGCACUGAUCGCGUGUUUCCAAUCGUUUGCCGCGAAUUUCCUGCUCGACGACUUCCGCGUCACGCAAUUUACGCUCGACGGCAAGGGUCAUAUCUACUUGGUGGACGGCCCGAAGGUGCUCCACAAGUCAUCGCUGGGCGACCAGGUCUAUGACGUGUGGCACACGCGCCACAACCAGGAGGACAACACCGUUCGUAACUGCGCGAGCGACGGAGACUGCCCGGCCACGCACCGCCUGCACAGCUGCCUAGACAACGUUUGCGAGCCCGGGUCGCUCCCCGCGCCCGAAGCGACCGGGACGUGCCGCGAAAAAGUCUGCAUGCCGGUCUCGGAGAAGACACAUGUGUUCGAUGCUCGUCAGCCUGUGUCGAACAACGCCGCGUCGAUGGCGUGUUCAGGUGUGAUUUCCGCGCAGGUCUCGAACCGCCCCUGGCUCCUCCCUUUCGUCGCCGACCGCGCGCGCGACUGGAAGACGAAGAAGUUCCUGCGGAGCCUCAUCGGCGAGGCGAAUCGAACUUUACCGGAGGACAGACCGUCGUUCGCGGAGCUCGUGCACCGCAUCGACGUCUUUCAGAGGUCGCACAACUUCACGGCGGCCCCCGGUGUCGGCGGCGGCGCCUCCUUCGAGACGGCGGCCGUGGCGACGACCUCAUGCGCUCACGGGCGAAGGGGCCGCAAGUGCCGAGCCAAGUCCGGCCACCACUAG